AUGAAAAGCUGCACCCAACGAUUUGUAACCUCAUCGGGAAAGCCAGCGGUACUUUCGAAAUGGCUUGGUAUUACGUCAUCGAGAUGUGGAGGGAUUAGUGGUAGCAGCAGUAUGGUGAGCAAUUCCCAAUAUAGAAACAUGUAUUCGACAUCAUCGGCCAUGUGUUAUGGUACCAGGUGUUUAGAUACUCAAUCUUCUCCGAAUAAUGUGCUUUCUUCAUCACUCUCCUAUCAACAACGAGGAAAUUGUUUUGGCAAUAAUUUCAUCAAGACAAAUAAUAACAACACAUUUUGCUUGUGGAGUAACAAAAUUGCCUCGUAUCAUACUUCGAUGAAAUUCCACGAUGCAUCUUCAAACCCUUCUUCUCCUCCUACUUCUGAAGAAACUGCUCCGGAUCAAAAUCAAAGAAUUAAAGAGGCCAAGAAAAUUAUCGAAGAAAGAAUGAGAAAGUCAUCAACAGCAACUUCUCUUUUAACUCCAAUGAACGCAAAUAGCAUGAUGAAUAUGGUAAAAGAUAAAUCUGUUGCAAUAGUGAAGGCUAUUCCUUCUUUCAGCUGGAAAGUCACGGUAUUUACAUUCAACACUUUGAAAACUCUAAUACUAAGACCAUCAGUAGUAAAAGAUUGGUAUGCUCGUGCAAAGGAAGUGACAGUUUCAGAGUUCAAACAUUACGUAGCAGGAAGUAAAUUAUUAGUGAGCGAUAUCAAGUACGCCUUUUCUUUAACGACGAAGGUUUUGAGAGGAAAUGCUUUAUCCAGAAGAGAGAGAAAUCAGUUGCUGAGAACCGUGUCGGACAUUUUCCGUUUGGUUCCAUUCGUAAUAAUUGUUGCAGUUCCAUUCAUGGAAUUCACACUUCCUAUACUUUUAAAACUAUUCCCAAACAUGUUACCAUCUCAAUUUGAAGAUGGUCUAAAGAAGAAGGAAAAACUAUUGAAAGAAGUUAAGGCUAAAGUUGAAUUGGCCAAAUUCUUACAAGAUACUGUUGAAUUGAUGGUUCAAGAUUUGAGGGCUAGCGAGUCAGUCGAGACUGUUGAACAAUCAGAGGAAUUACACAAUUUUAUUCAAAAGAUUAGAAACGGAGAAAGUUGCUCGAAUGACGACAUUGUUAAAUUCGCCAAAUUGUUUAAAGACGAAAUUACAUUGGAUCAUAUGUCCAGAGCUCAGUUAGUUGCAAUGUGUAAAUACAUGGGAAUAACACCCUACGGAUCAGAUGCAAUUUUGAGAUACAGGCUGAGAUCAAAACUGAGAAGAAUUAAGGCUGAUGAUCGAUUAAUUUAUUGGGAAGGCGUAAACUCUCUGUCUACUGAAGAACUUAUGUAUGCCUGCAAGGAAAGAGGCAUGAAAAUUGGAGUCUCUAAGAAGGAGUUACAGAAACAACUGAGAGAAUGGAUCGAAUUAUCUUUUGAUAAGAAUAUUCCAUCAUCUCUAUUGAUUAUUUCACGAGCAUUUGUUUUUAAUGACAAGCUCCAAAGCGAGGAAGCUAUUAAGAUGGCACUUGGCUCACUCUCUGAUGAAGUUGUCGAGGAAGUUGGACUUCACACAUCAUCAACCCAAGAUUAUGAAAAGAAACUUGCUUCAUUGAAACGAAAUGAAAAGCUAAUCAAGACAGAAGAGGAAGAAAAGAAGAAGGUAGCAUUGAAAGAGGAGAUUGUGGCUGUUGCUACUUUGGCAGCUGCUGGAGAAGCGUUAUCAACUGCUACUGAGGCUCCAACAACAGUAACCGAACCUAAAGUAUCUCUUGAUCCUGAAUUCGAAAAGGAGGAAGUGAAGAAGGCAAAGGAAGAAAAGAUUAGAAUUCUCAAUGAAAUUCUUGCCACACUGGCCUCAAGAAGCUCAGUUGAACCUGAAAGAGAGGAAUUAGAGGAUCUCAUUUCUGACCAUAUUGACUUGGUUGAUCAAACAAAACAAGAUCAAGAACAACCAGUUGCAUCCGUUAGUAGGCUCAGUAAUAGAGUUGGUAGAUUGAUUGAACAAAUUGAAAAGGAUAUCGAUAAGGUGGAUGAAUCUAUUGCUGAUUCAUUAAAUCUUUUGGACAAGGACAAAGAUGGUGUCAUCACAGUUGACGAAUUGAGACAUGCAUUGAGUGUUCUCAAAGAAAAACCAUCCGAAGACUUGAUCAGAGAAAUAAUUGACAGAAUUGAUGCAGAUAAGGAUGGCGUGAUUACUGUUAAAGACAUUUUACUAGAAUUCAAGCAAGGCAAAUUGGUAAAUUGA